AUGGCCAGCAUGUGCCGUGCCGUGGCCCUUUACGCCACCGUCGCGACGCUCGCAAGUGCUGCUACCCACUACGAGUACAAGACCAUUGAUGUGGACUAUAACUUCGACGAAAGUGAGGAUUCUCCACGCAGUGUCAUCAUGAUGAUUCCGGACGGCACUGGGCCGAACGUCUUCACCUUGGCACGCACUGUUCUGGACCCGAGUCUGCAAACUCGUCUUCACAUUGAUCCGCAUCUUAUGGGAACUAUCCAGACGCACUCGGCUACAAGUUACAUUACGGACUCUGCAGCGGCCGCUACUGCUUACUCGACGGGCUAUAAGACGUACGACUCGGCUAUCGCUGUUGACUCGUACGAGCAGCCUUUGGGUACCGUGCUGGAAGCUGCCAAGGCUCGUGGCAUGGUGACUGGUAUGAUCGUAACCUGUCGGGUAACCCACGCAACACCAGCAUCGUUCGCUGCGCACGUUGUUGACCGUGAUUCGGAAGACGAUAUCGCCGGGCAGUACGUUGCUAAUAAGAACCUUGACUUCUUGCUCGGUGGUGGUAAGAAACACUUUAACGACUCGAUGUUCGAAGAUCUCAAAUCGAAUGGCUACACCGUUAUAGAAAACUACCAAGGUCUCCUCGACUAUAAGACUGCAAAUGCAGACACUGGAGCUCUUCGUCUGUUUGGACUCUUCAAAGAGAGUCACAUGUCGUAUGAAGUCGAUCGUCUCCGUGAACUCGCAGGAAAUAACACCACUGCACGUGAGCCAAGUCUUCCAGAAAUGGUAGACAUUGUGUUGAGUCUUCUUCGCAAGAAUGAGCAGGCCAAGAAGCACGGUUACUUCGUGAUGAUUGAGGGUUCGCGCGUGGACCACGCCGGUCACUCGAACGACCCCGGUACCAUGGCGAAGGAAGCGAUUGCGUUUGACGAGACGGUUGCUGUGGUAUUGGAUCACGUGGAGCAGGCUCCCAACACGGCGAUGUUGUCAGCAGCUGACCACGGUACUGGUGGUCUUACGCUUGGUCGUAGCGGCAUGGAGUACCCGUACCCGUGGUAUCCGUCACAACUGCAGCAGCAAAACAUGUCGACCGAGGCGAUGCAAGAACGUCUGGAUGAGAUUUUGGUAAGCGACGAGUGCGCUAUCGGAGCUAAUGAGACGUGCAAGACUGCUCUUUUGGAAACGUCCAAGUGGAUGCUGGCUAACUACACCAAUGUCACUUCUUUCACGGACGACGAUGUCGCGAAGCUGGCGACGAAAAUCUCCACUGCUGUUGACGAGACGCGCGAUUUGUAUUUCGUGCUGAUCGAAUUAGGCCACAUUAUUAGUGCCCCCGCCUGGAUUGGCUGGACGACUGUGGGGCACGUGGGCACGGACGUAAACUUGUAUUGCAAGGGUCCCAUGAUCUUUGAGCGCAUGUGCAAGGGUGUGCACGAAAAUGUUUAUUUGAACAAGCUGAUGACGACGUUCUUGGGUCUGGAGCACCAGCAGGAACUGGAGACGAUGAAGCACCGCAGCAUGCCGGUGCUGGAGGAUCCUCUGGCAUUUUAGGCUGGUGACAGCGUGGACCUCGCCGAGGUCACCUUAAACUUUUAUAAAACAGCUAUCGACAAUUCUUGUAAAUAGAUGCGAUUUACAUA